AUGCCAAGGCACUCUGCGGCUUCCCCUAUUUAUACGGCACUCGCUCGCCUCGCCAAUUUCAACAGCGGCCGCCGCGUCCUCCUCGCCUCCAGAAAGACGAGCUCCAGCUCUGCUAGAAGUAGCGCCAAGACCAGACCUUUUCUGUGCCUCGCCGUGUUGCUCCUGCUGAUUCUUGUUGUGACCGCCGUCUUCUUGUUCCCACCAGCCAUCAUGUCUUCGUCUUCCUCGUCGGCGGCGGCGGCCGCGUCCGUGCCGUUUCAGAGCCCGAGGAAGGUGGUGAAGAAGGUGCUGUCCUUGUCCCAGUCCGAGGGCCAGGGCGCCACCGUCCGCCGGAGCAUCGGCGGGCACGAGGUCCGGAACCUGGACCCGUUCCUCCUGCUCGACGAGUUCUCCGUCUCCAAGCCCGGCGGAUUCCCUGACCAUCCUCACCGGGGCUUCGAGACCGUCACCUACAUGCUCGAUGGGGUGUUCACCCACCAGGACUUCUCCGGACACACGGGCACCAUCAGGACCGGAGAUGUGCAGUGGAUGACGGCGGGGCGCGGCAUCGUGCACUCAGAGAUGCCUGCGGCGGACGGAGUGCAGAAGGGCCUGCAGCUCUGGAUCAACCUUGCCUCCAAGGACAAGAUGAUCGAGCCACGGUACCAGGAGCUCGAGAGCAAGGACAUCAGCCAGGCCGAGAAGGACGGCGUGGCGGUGCGGAUCAUCGCCGGGGAGGCCUUCGGGGUGCGGUCGCCAGUCUACACGCGGACGCCGACCAUGUACAUGGACUUCACAAUGCAACCAGGGUCACAGCUUCACCAACCGAUCCUCGAGGGCUGGAACGCUUUCGUGUACAUCAUCGAGGGGGAGGGUGUAUUUGGUAGGGAGGGCGAUGUGCCGGCGAGCGCGCACCAUUGCCUUGUGCUCGGCACUGGCGAUGGGCUCAGUGUGUGGAACCGGUCCGGUGCGCGGCUGCGGUUCAUGCUGGCGGCAGCUCAGCCCUUGAACGAGCUAGUGGUGCAGCAGGGGCCCUUCGUCAUGAACUCUCGUGCCCAGAUCCAGAAGGCCAUGGAGGACUAUUACUACGGCCGCAACGGCUUCGAGAAGGCCAGCCAGUGGAGCUCCACUUGA